GAAGAGCAUUGGUCAUAAUGAUUUCUCUGAAACUUUCCUUGGCAGUAAUAUCUGCAUUAAGUUUUUGGACUAUAGAGCACGCUGCAGGCUGUGGGGAACGUCAGCGUCCGGUAGAUGGGCGAUGCUGUAAUGAGUGUCCUCCAGGUACAUAUAUGAAGGACUAUUGCACAGAGAAACAACAAACUGCCUGUAGACCCUGUGAGGAAGGUUUCUACUCAGACCAAUAUAACAUCUUCGACAGAUGUGAGGAAUGCCGAUCAUGCCUAUAUGAAUAUGCUGAGAAAUGUCAGAACACCGCAAAUGCAAACUGCUCGUGCCACAAUGGUUUCCUGUGCUCCAACAAUGUUUGUUCAGAGUGUCAGGAAAACAAAUGCGUCACGGGGGAAAAACCAAAGAAAACAGAGAUAGCCUUGGACGCCAAGAUGAUAAAUUAUAUGUAUCAGUGUGAGCUUUUAAAAGAAGAAAGUGCCAAUCUUACCAGUGAACUAAGUCCAGAGAGACGCAGAGAUGGUGUAGACUACGUUCAUGUGAUCCUUGGCAUCGGCUUUGUUCUGGUUUCUCUCACCCUCCUUGUGUUUCUCUCUAAUGCCUGUGUAAAGAACCUAAAGAAGUAUAGAGCACAUAACUAUCCUAAAGAGGUCUUAGCGGUGUCCAUCAACACGAGUGACACCCGCCUGUCGAAGGAGGAGAGUGGGAGCGUGCUCAUCAUGCAGGACGAAUCCAAGAACAACAGUAUUGGCCCCCUGUGUCUGGAAGAAGUCGGGUUGCAGUUUAUUCAGUCUGUUGGAUAAUAUAAUAUUGAUGUAAUUGUACAAAUCAUCUUGUUUGUUAUUAGCAGACAUUUACAUAUAAACCUGUUUGGGUUACAGAAGCACAUUUCCCGGUUUCCAUCAGCAGCAGGGAAGUGAAAGACCAGGAUUUGUCUUACGAACAGGUGAAGGUAUUAUAACUGGAAACCUUGUUCAAAAGUAUGUUAUUUAGAAGAACUAAGUUCAUAGGUCCGACAUUCAGCCGUUUUAAAGUGAGUUGUUCUUAUUUUGAAGGAUUUGUUUAAAAAACCUAACAAACCAAAAGGCUUAUGGCCAUACUAAUGGUAAUUUCUAAACAUUGCAUACUUGCAUUAAAGCAAAGUAUUAUAUAGGAUGUAUUAUACAGUUAAGUGUAUUCAGCUAAUAUAACACCAUAUACACCAAAGCAGACAGCAUCCUGGAAGCAAGACCUGUAGUUUGUGGUCGCAGAUGAUGAAUCUGUUACUUAUGUGUAAUGUAUUAUGUAUUUAUUUCCCUUUGUGAUUUUGUUUGUUAUGUAAUGUACAGUAUGCAUGUAUUCAUGCUGUGACAGCAGUAAAAUUAUAGUUUUAUUGUGUA